GGAUCAUGGGCAAAUACUCGGACGACUCGAACUGGGACGAUAUUGUGCCCCUGCCUCAAGAUGACGGCGGCCCCAACCCUCUCGCGGCCAUUGCAUACACGGACGAGUAUGCGGAAGCAAUGUCCUACCUCCGCGCCGUCAUGGCAAAGAACGAAAUGAGCGAGAGAGCUCUUAGCCUGACCGAAGACAUUAUCGACAUGAAUGCCGCCCACUACACUGUCUGGCUAUACCGCUCCGAGAUCCUCAAGGCCCUCAACGCAGACCUCGCCAAAGAGCUAGACUGGCUCAACGAAACCGCCCUCGCCCACCAAAAGAACUACCAGAUCUGGCACCAUCGCCAACUCGUCGUGGACCGCUUGGAUUCCUGCAAGGGCGAGGCAGACUUCAUCUCGCAAAUGUUUGAGCUGGAUUCGAAAAACUAUCACGUGUGGAGCUACAGACAAUGGUUGGUGCGCAGAUUCGAGCUCUGGGAUGAGGGAGAGUUGGAAGCGACGGAAAAGUUGAUUGGUGAGGAUGUGAGGAAUAACUCUGCUUGGAACCAUCGCUUCUUCCUUGUUUCUGGGAGUAAGCCGCCAAAGACUGCGGAUAAGGAUGUGAACCAGUCACCUUGGAACUAUCUCCGAGGAAUCAUCACUGCGGCCAAGAUGCUAUUGUCGUCACAACAGGACUUUGUCAAUGAGUUUGCAACUGUGGACCCUGAGCAUGAGGAUGCUGUCAAGUCUAGCCAUGCACUUGACAUACUUGCUGAGAUCUAUGCUGCUGAGAAGGAGCAGAGUGGCAAAGCUGUCAAGGCUUAUGACUUGCUGGCUUCCAAGUAUGAUCCCAUUAGAGCCAACUACUGGGCAUACCUCAAAGAUCAGUUGAGUGAGGGCCAAGUGGCCGCC